AUGUCGGACGUCGAGGAGACGCUCAAGCGCAUCCAGUCGCACAAGGGCGUGCAGGGCGUCAUCAUCUGGAAUCCGGAGGGCAUCGCCAUCCGAUCCACCUUUGAGCCGAAGGUCACCACGCAGGCGAGGCUCCUCCCCCCCGCGUUGGCCGCGCUGCACUUCUCGCGCCGCCGCUCGCAUGUGCGGGAUCUGGACCCGACCAACGACCUGACCUUCUUGCGAGUGCGCACCAAGAAGGGCGAGAUCAUGAUUGCGCCCGACAAGGACUUCACGCUGAUGGUGCUGCAAGACCCGGGCACAGAGGGCGCCGUCUGA